AUGCACAGCGCCGGAAGCAGUAGACUGGAAAGCCUUCAUAAAGAGCCGGGGGGGUUCAAGGGCUCCUGUUCUCAUAAAAGGACAUCGCACGAGCUGCAUCGUGCCCACAUCUUGAAGACGCCCCAAAGUUUCAUCUCUCAAGAUCUGGUCGCCAUGACAUCAGCCAAAUCCUACUACGUACUUUUCUGGAGUACCUACCUAACCCUCCUGCAUGUCAUCGCCACCGCAUCAUCUGCCUCAAAUUCGACGAAAGUGGGUGCCACUUCUGCCUCCUGGAGCUUCCCUAUAACCAGCAGUAUAUUGCAGACGACACCUCCUAGUUACCUCCAGAACCAUGCUUCUGCUUACAGCCCUUUGAGGACAAGCGCUCCAACCUCACAGACAUUCCCUCACAAUUACUACACGACACCGGCCACCAUCACAACGUCAACGACGACAUACUCUCCACCUUAUAACCCACUCGACUACUACUUCAACGGUAAGCGAAAGACAAAGUCACCAAGCAAGACAUCGCAGACGACAGCAUACAAGAAGCCUCCGUCUGCUACCUAUUACACUCCAGAGUACGACGACGAAAGCCUUGAAGAGAGUCGGGAAAGUUACGUAAGCAGAACCGAUAAGGAUGAAGACGAAAUCGGUCCAACGUACGUUCGAACCAAGUACGGCUACGCGACAAGAAACCCUUUGCUAGCAGACGACACAAGAAAAACAUCUAGUAGCAGUAAAAACAAAGAAAAGGGGUCCAGUAGCGACAAACAUUAUGUCGCUGCACCGUCCGAAUUGUACGGCUAUAAAGGUUACGACUAUGCCGAUGCCAGUUUCGGUGACUUUGAGGGGCAUCCUUAUCCGCAUCACCUAAGGCACAAGCAUGGGGCGAAGGGACUUUCUGCGUUCCUGCUAGGCCUACUACCCUUAGGACUUCUCAUGGCAGCGCUUGUGCCCAGCUUUGUGAAUCUUCCAGUAGCUGCCACAGUUGGUGCCGCCACUGUUGGAGCAGCGGGAAGGAGGAGGAGGAGGUCUUUGGAAGAGAACAAUCCGCUGCUGCACACCGUUCUGAGUAAUUUAGAUGACUUGGAAUGCUUGCAACGUGUCUUCUGCGAAGUAGCGGUUCAAGGAAGUGCCCCAGAAGCAAAGCCCGUGCAGAAGGCGUUCUACUACAUGACCACGCUCAGUAACUUGCAGAGAAUCAACCAGGAUAAUCAGCGCUCGAUGAAGAAACUCUCGAGCAUUAUCGCUCGCACUGCAGCUGCGCUACAGCAGACUCCAAGCAGAUUGGGCAAAAGGCUGGUCGAGGGGAUUCAAGCCACUCCUCCGAGCAGUUGGAGAAGCCAAGUGCGAAGCCUUCCAAUGCAGAGCCAUGAUGAACAGUGCUCAGAAAAGCGCUUCAACGACAAGAAAGAAGGGAGCAACCGUAAGACGGCCAGCGAAGGAGAAAGAACGCUAACGCUACAAAGUGAAAGAAGGACCUCCAAUGCGGCACUGGAAGGACGGGCAGCUCAAGAGUUGCAGCAGGUGGUAUCAGUGUGUGACGAUAGACUGCUCCCUCUGAUCACCAUCGGGGUGGUUUGA